AUGAUCCUGCCGUCUCUCUCGAAUAUCCGAGAAGCCCCGGAGGAUUACGGACUCCAAGUUUAUGAGCAAAGCUUCUCGCUACAAUCUCCUUCAAGGGCUAUACAAGAUCGUGCUUGUGCUCGCUACGAUCAUGUUUAUCCAUAUCUCGUCAACCAACACUCACAAAUCGGAGAUGAAUCCGGCCGCAAGUCCCAGUUUCUUUCGUGCUCUGGCGCUGUCACUACAGAUGUAGUAGAGAAGCAGAUCCCGCGCCUCGACAACAAUCAGGAAGUCAUUACUCUAUCCAUCGAAUCAGCUGACGAUGGUGCAGUGGAAAGAUCCAUGCUACAAGGUGAGAUGUCUGCUCAACUUGACUUCUUCGCCGACGACCGAGUAGGCGAUUCCGUCAAGUUUAUUAACUGCGAUCAAUUCAUCGGCAAAUACGGCGGACGGUACUGCGAAGCAGGGGUCGAUGAUCCUACCACCGAGAGCGACACAAGGAAGAGUCGCAUGUUCUACGAACUCAACACUUGGGAUCCUUUGGGUUCGAGUCCAUGGAAGCGCGGGGCGGAGGGCGGCGAGCUCAACGGGACUUUUUAUGGUGACAUGCUCGUUCUCAGCCAAAUCACACGCCUUGUAAAUCCCAACGCUGAACUUCGCCAUUAUGGCGAUGAUGUAAAGAAGGCGCUUGCUGCGCGUGUAGCGAUCUUGGAUUACCUGAUUCCAGAUGGAUAUGGACGAUUCUUUCAUCCUCAGAUCCCACUACAUGAAAUGAUUGCUAGCUUGGUCACUUACGAAAUCAUGAAGGAUCAUCAGGCUCGCAUUGGAUACGCGGUAUGGACUCAUCCGCCUGAGAACACGAGUUACAAAGUUAAGCCAUCGCCUACGCAUUCACAUGAGAAUACUUACAAGAAGGACCAACCUGAUGGAAACUGUUGGGGCAAAUCUGAUGGUAUUGGCUGUAGUGUCUUUCUCGAAGGUGAAGGCUGCAAGAUGAAGGGCCAUGAUAUGUGGGAUUGGUACCAGAAGAUUCGCAAAGACGGUGAGAAGAGUAAGAAAUGCGGAGAGGUUGGGUAUGAGGACGGCUGCACACUCAAGAUUGACUUUGUGACAGGAUGCAAUAAUCAUGGCUAA